CUCACCGUCGCUUCCGACGAAUUGUGCUUCAGUGCCGUUCAACGCGGAGGCAGAUUGGCCGCCAUGAUUUCCUGAAUAGCUUCAUCACAUGUUCCCACAUGCCACAGCUACCGCCCUUCAUCGUCUGAUUGUGGAGCUCCCCAGCAUGAAACUCGCCCAGGAAGUUCUGUGGUUUCCAAUCAUUGAGAUUCGCUGUGUCUCGAGGGCCAAAUGCAAAGUAAGCCAGUCAAGAGUUUUUCCCGGCAAGGCUUGCCUGUCUCCCAGAUGCCGAAUUCCGAUGAUUCAUUAUGUGAUGCCCACCAAUACUCGGCCAUUUUCCCAUCUGGUGGAAAUUAUAUAAUUGCAGCCUUUCCCCUCCUUACGUGUUCAGAGAUCACAACCCUCUCCUAAAAUUGUAUCACAUACUUACUCAGCCUACACAACGCGAAGAACCAAUCAAGAUGAGUCUCUUCACUCGCAGCAAUGAUGCUCUGAACAUCAAUCCUCCAGUCGGCAACCGACACCUCACUGUUGGGGGUUCAGACUGGCUCUGGGCUGUGUGUGCCAUCUAUUCGUUUUCCUUCCUCGUCGUCGUCGGCCUGACAUACUUCGCCAAGAGCGGUGAAAGGAUCUUCCAUUACCUGUUCACGAUCUCUCUGUUCACCGGUGCUAUCGCAUACUUCGCUAUGGCUUCUGAUCUCGGUAUUGUUGCCGUCCAUAUUUCUGACAACCUCUCCUCGCCUGGAUUCCGGGAGAUCUUUUAUCCCAAGUAUAUCAACUGGUUUGUGGGCUGGACCCCUUUGGUCAUUGCCCUGGGCCUUAUCUCCGGCGUCAGCUGGGCAACCAUCGCCUUCAAUGUCGCUCUUAGCUGGACCUGGGUUGCGUCCUGGCUUUCCGGCGCCAUGACCGCGACGAACUAUAAAUGGGGCUUUUUCGCCUACGGCAUAGUCGCCUACUUCCUCCUCGCCGCCUCCCUCUUUGGCACCGGCCUUAUCACGGCCAAGCGUCUGGAGGUCCAUCGCCACUACACGAUGCUCGCUGGCUGGGCCGUCUUCCUCUGGCUCCUGUACCCCAUCGCCUAUGGUCUUGAUGACGGCGGAAAUAAGAUUACGGUUACUGAUGGAUUUGUCUUCUUCGGCAUCCUCGAUGUGCUUCUUGUUCCCGUGUUGGCAUUUGGCAUUAUUGUGCUGAGCUCAAGAUGGGAUUACCGCAAGAUGAAUCUCUACUUCACGCAAUAUGGGCGUGUUGCCCAGGGUCCCGAUCUCGUUGAGCACGAGAAGGCGGCUCCGGCUCCCGUUGCUGCUGAUGAGCAGACGGUUUAGGGUUCCUGAGGGGCGUGAAAGGGGGAACCGCUUGGUUCAGUGGACAGAGGCAGAUCGCUUGUUAAUGAAAAGUGGGGAGUAAGAGCGAGGAGUCUGGAUAAUGAGGAUGGCGGCUGGCCGAGACUUAAUGUUUAAUAUCUCAUCUAAUACAUGUAUCUAGUUCGACGCACAAUACCCAUUCGUUUAGAUCUUUGAAAAAAUCAAAUUGAUCCAACACUUGAAAUCUUGGUAUUGCGUGCAUGAAAAAAGUCCUGAUAUCCCAGAUCCUGAUAUAAGUUUAUUUACA